UUAAUUAAUUCGGCCAUGAUUUUGAUAUAUUAUAAUAAUAAUACGACAUUAAAUAAUUAUUUUUUGAUUAUUACAGAACACAACCGGACCCUUCACACUUCGAACCUUGCACGCGGUAAACAGUCGCAACUGAUCAUCGAAAGAGAAGAGAAACACAGCACAGGACUCCAUUUUCUUCCAAUUCCCAAACCAACCUUUCUCUUCUCUCUCUCUCUCUCUCUCUCUCAUAUUCUUGAUCCAUUACAAUGGCUCCAGUCUCAGCUCUCGCCAAGUACAAGCUCGUCUUCUUGGGAGACCAAUCAGUCGGCAAGACCAGCAUUAUCACCCGCUUCAUGUACGAUAAAUUUGACAACACUUAUCAGAGAAGGAAGCGCAAUAUGCAUUUCUUGUGUAAGAGGCAUGCUUCAGAGCUGGGGGAGUCCUUUGCAGCUUGAGAGGGAACUUGCUCAAAAUUUUCUCUCUAUGCAUUCAGGAAUGGAAAUGGAAUCUUUGUGGUACAAUAUCAACGGGACCUUACCAUUUAAGUUAGCUACAAUUGGUAUUGAUUUUCUAUCAAAAACCAUGUAUCUUGAAGAUCGAACUGUUCGACUGCAAUUGUGGGACACGGCUGGACAGGAAAGAUUCAGAAGUCUCAUUCCAAGCUACAUCAGAGAUUCGUCUGUUGCAGUUAUUGUAUAUGAUGUUGCAAGUCGACAAUCUUUCCUGAACACUCUGAAGUGGAUAGAAGAGGUGCGCAGUGAAAGGGGCAGUGAUGUUAUUAUUGUACUUGUUGGAAACAAGACAGAUCUUGUUGAAAAGAGACAAGUGUCUAUAGAGGAAGGAGAAGCCAAAGCUCGUGAUCUUAAUGUCAUGUUUAUUGAAACCAGUGCUAAGGCUGGUUUUAAUAUAAAGGCACUCUUUAGGAAAAUUGCCGCUGCUUUACCAGGAAUGGAAACACUUUCCUCAACGAAGCAAGAAGACAUGGUUGAUGUGAACCUGAAGUCAAUGAGUGCAUCAACUCAAUCCCAACCUCAAUCUGGUGGAUGUGCCUGUUGAUGCAUCCUCAUGCCAGCAUUCUUUGUACACCCAAUGUUUCAUCUCUUUGGCAGUUGGGUUCCUCUAGUUUCUUUGCAUCAAAUCUGUAAAGAGUUUUCGUCUGCAUUUUCUUUUGGUUGAGUGGUUUUCUGUAGGUAUAUUCUGCUUUGUUUGGAAACCUUUUUCAGGACAAGACUAACUGAGGAGAUAGAAAUAGAUAAGUUAUGAUCAGGGGGUAAUCUGUUGGUGAAUUCAGAAACCAUAGUCUGUCUCAUAUUUUGUCCUCUCGAAUAGAUUUUGGUCUUAAUGCAUUUUUGUGAUAUUGAACAAUGUUGAUAUUUUACUUUUCUUUACCAUAGUCUGUCUCAUAUUUUGUCCUCUCGAAUAGAUUUUGGUCUUAAUGCAUUUUUGUGAUAUUGAACAA